CACACUAGGUUUAAAAUGAAACAACAUUGCCUUUGAGAGAGCCGAGCAACCUCCGUCGUCUUCAACGGCCAUGGUGCUCGUGUUCCAUUGCCGGCAGACAUCAAAACUCUUCUUAGUCACCUCUCUUCAACUACGGCAGAGAUCGCAUUCCUUCUCUCUCGCCGCGUAGAGAGGUUUUACAGCAAAGCUUUUCUCGAUAUCUUACGGCCGAUCCAAAGGGUUCUUGCUUGAAAUUUUGACAUCUGCGAAAGCUCAAUUUCACCCGGCCAACAUUUACUUCUAAUUAUUGUUUUUGAGGGGGCUGUCUCCAUUGUUGAACCAGCUUUUCGUCCUGUGUUCAAUGUGGUACAAGUGCAAUACUGAACGCUUUAUGCUUGGCAUUUGGGAGCCGUGCAAGAGGCACUCAAAGGGCAAACACAAUGGACUUCACUAAGACAGGAUGCAGUUAUGCGCUUAUACACGUUGAGAUAAAGAACCACGGGGAGGAUUCAUUCAAGCCUGAAACUUAUGGCAGGGCCAUAAUAGUCGAGUGGAGGAUAUCAGAAUCUGCUAGUUCUAUCAUUUUAAAGAAUGACCAUGGUUUCUUGUUAUGUUACUUCAUAAAACUUUAUAAUUUGACCCUAAUUAGAUUCGAACAAAGCUUAGCUCGGUUAUAUUAUUUAACAACAGGCUUAAUUGCAUAUUUCAUCCCUCAAGCAUCACAAUUGUGUAAUUUUUCUCCCUACAUUUUUAUGGUGCUAAUGGGUUUCCUAUAAUGUUUCCACCCAUUUACAGUUUAAUCCCAAUUCAAUACCAAAAGCUAGAAGCCAUGCGUGCUCUGGUUCAUUCUGAAAUUUCUCACGAUUCUAAUGAUCAGAACUAAGAGUGGGAAUGGACAACUGUUUUAAUUCUCAUGUGUGGUGAUAUGUUUGAGAAGAUAUAGAGCCUACCUGACCUCACAUUCAAUUGGGAUCAAAGUCAGUGCCAUACAUGAUACCUCCAUUAAAAUAUAAAUGAAAUAAUGAAUUGUUGGGGCAGCUCGAUUGUAAACGGGUGGACCAUUAGGAAACAAAUUGGCACUAUUGAAAUUGGAGACAAAACUACGAAAGUCACACAAUCACGAUGCUCAAGUACCAAAGUGCAACUAGCCACCUAUAUAUGAGCAUUUUUAUAAAGGUAACAUACACUACUAGAAAGGCCCAAUGUCUUUACACUGGAUGCUCAUUUCUAUAUUCGUUUUUUCUCUGUUUCUUCUUUCAUUGUGAUUCUUCAGGUAAAAAGGUUGCAUCUCGAAGAGAGGAUCUCUUUGAAUUAGUGGAACACUUUAAUAUUGAUGUUGAAAAUCCCUGUGUGAUAUUGAGUCAAGACAAAAGCAGGGAAUUUUUGCACUCAGGAAACGACCGUGACAAGUUCAAGAUGCCAAAGAUAUCCAACAAAGCAUACCCAAACUGCUUGGGGGCAAAGAUAUCCAAUAAAGCAUACCCAACUGCUGGUUCCACACUGGCAGACAGGCUCCAGCUCUUGAAAAACUGCUUUCAGACGGACACACUGGCAUAUCAUCUGUCCACCUUGAAAUCAGUGUAUCCAGAGGGAUUGUGAAUCCUGUCUAUCUACAACGGGAUUGGAGGGGCUAAAGUGUCUUUGCAUCGCUUGGGGUUCAGCUGAAAGUGGUGGUGGCUGAAGAAACUUGUGAGACAAAAAAGUUGUGGGAGAAUUCAGGGCAUAAAGGAGAGUUGGUGCACAUGGAAGAUGUGCAGAAGCUAGCCAGUAACAGGCUUGAGGUUUUGGUUAAAAAUUAUGGAGGGUUGAUUUCAUGACAUGCCACGACCCUUGCACUUAUGCUCUAAAAGCUGACGUGGCUGCUGACAUUGAUGGGCCUGCAGAGAAGGCGUAUUGAUGCUGAGCGAGACUUGCAGUCUAAGGAUUUCCGUUUGCAAGAUGCUAAGAAGUCAAAUUUUGCAGUAACUAGCACAACCAAUACAUCGAGUGAUGAACUUCUUCAACAAGAAUCGAAAAUCGUUGAUGAGAUUCAAGAAGAGAGAAAGUUACUGGAACAAAUCCAACUGAGAGUAAAUGAAGCAGAAACCAAAAGAAAUCAUUUUAAGAUGUUGCUUGAACAUAUUUGUGAGUCUGCAAAAGUGGACAUUGAUGCCUUGGAAAAUGCAGAAGGGGAGUUGAUGAAGAUAGAUAAGUAUCUAGAUGAUGCUAAAAUGGUCAAGCUUAUCCCUACAUGCAUACCUCUUUUCUUUUUGAAGUUUUCUUUCCAUCUGAUUUUCUCAAUUGGAAUUCCCUUGUUGAUUGCAAUCCACAAUUUGUUAUUUCGAAGUACAACCAUUAUGAAAACCUCAUGCAAGUGAAAGUCUUAACCGAGCUCAAGGAAGUGGAGAAAGAAUAUCAGGAACUUGAGCAUAGCCGUAAGGAAAGCUACAAAAAAGCUUCUAUCAUAUGUUCCGAGACAGAUAUUGAAACUCUAGGAAGCUGCAAAGGAAAUACGCCAGAGCAACUCAGUGCACAACUAACAAGGCUGAGCAAUAGACUGCAACAAGAGAGUCGAAGACACUCAGAAUCUAUUGAUGAUCUACGGACCUUGCAUGAAAAUAAGGAGCGUAUGAUAUUUAAAAGGCAGCAAACUUAUAAAGCAUUUCGCGAGAAGCUUUCUGCAUGCCGUAAGGCACUAGAUCUGAGAUGGAGUAAGUUUCAAAGAAAUGCAAGUCUCCUGAAGCGUCAGCUGACUUGGCAGUUUAAUGGCCACCUAGGAAAGAAGGGGAUUAGUGGAAAAAUCAUAGUCAAUUACGAAAAGAAGACCCUUUCUGUCGAGCGUACCAUUUCAAGUGCCAUGGUAUGGAAUAGAUUUAGUCGUAAGAACGAACUAUACUGCACCGUUUGAAUAUUAAUGGUAAGGUAUGGAUUUUUAAUGAAAAAUCCAAACUCUCACUGAUAUAUCCCCGGGUACUACCAAUGAUCCCAAAGUCCUUAAACAAAUCAAUGGAAUAAUGACUAGGUAUUAUGAUCCUUUUUGGAAAGAAUUCAUCAACAAACCUCAAAACCUAGCCAUAAUCUUUUUGGAUAUCUCCACCCCAUAAAGGCUGAAAACCCCCCUGCACAAAAAAUCAAACCCCAAAAAUCCAAACAACCCAGCCUCUUACUUUCUUUGGACAACACUACCACACCCUAUGAACCCCACAUUGUCCCUUCAUUGAAUUAAUACACUCCUGGCCAAAAUUCCUUGCCAAACCACAACCAGUUAAUUCACUUCAUUCCUCCCAUAUGAGGGCUGAAAAUACCAGCCAAAAACCCCUCUUAUUUCACAUAAUAGACCUGCCAUU